AUGAUGACGGGGUCAUUUCCUGCUGUUUCAUGCUUGGCCCUAUUUUCAGCCCACCUUUGUGUCGUCCGUUGUGCGUGUGGUGUGGGCAAAUUCCAUUGCUUCAUAGAAAUCUUGAUCAUCAUUGGGGUUUUGUGGUACGAAUGCGAUGACUGCUUUCUGCACUCCUGCCCUUUCCUUCUCCUCUUUAGCGUCGAAACUUACAGCACCUUGAGCGUAUUUGAAAAUACACUGAAGAUUGGUGUUGUUGUUUUGGGUGACAUCGGGUACAUCUUCAGUUAGACCAAGAACAGUUCCACUCAAAACCUGAUUGUCAGCAAGCUCGUCGGCGCUCCAGAUGAGUGCAUAAUCUGCAUCUACCUUUUGAAAGUUGUCCUGUGA